AUGUAUCGUCAGUUGUGCUUAGCGGGGGGGAUUGGGCGUAUUUUGCCCACCGCCCUGCGCCAGUGCCAUUUAGAUGCUGCAGACAAACUUGAUACCGCACGCGAUAGUUCUAAAGUGACUCUUGGAGUCCGCGAAGCUGAAAUUGUCAGUGAAACAAAAAAUCUUCAAGAAAAUGUCCCAGAUUCUUUAGGCGAUAUUGAAAGCCACGAUGUGCAUUCAGUUUCGGAGAAGGAAAAUUUCUUUGCGGAAAUGAAUAGGCUUCAGUAUUUUUUUUCACAGGAGGGUCCCUAUCUUGGUUCACGAAAAAAGGAUACAAUGGAGCACUCUGUGGAUAAUCGUCGUCGCCGUCAUAUUGUCCGCGUGCCUCAACCAGAGUGCGAGUAUCGUCCUAACGAAACGUCUUUUCGAAGGUUGCCCAAAAAUACGCGCAUUCCCAACGAAUAUGAACUUCGUGCAUUAUACCCACAGAGCACAGGCCUUACCUUAAUCGAAGGAAAAGCUGAUUGUGUUGACCAUAAUGCAUUUGGUCCGGAUGAAGAUCCAGCACCAAUGGCCUACAGUAUGGUUACACCUCCAGAUUGGUCUAAGGAAAGAGAAUAUCCAUAUAUGGUGGUACUUCCUGACCAUAGAGGUAUUCCACGAGAUUUUGAAGAUGUAUGUGCCAAUUUUUUUGAACGCCCUGUGCAUCGUGAAUUGAUGCUUGAACAAAGCUGGGUGAUCAUUUCUCCAAUUAUUAACCUUCGUCAUAACUUUCAGAUUCCUGUGGAGGCGAUAGUAGCUCGCUUUUGUGACUGGGUUACUGAGAACUUUAACGUUGAGCAUCGACGAGUGCAUUUGUUUGGGAAAGGCAAUGGAGCGUAUGUGGCUCUUCGGACAAUCAUGGAACACAAGGAGGUAGCAAUUAGUGUGACAGCCAUAUUAGGCCGAUCAGGAACACCUUUUCGCCCCUUAGACCGUCCUCAAGAGAAGGUGCGGAACUUCAAUGGGGUGCAUUCUUUGGUAUUUGUUCCGGGCCUCUUGCGAAAACAAGACUGGUACUAUAAAUUUAAGUUUAUGAUGGAUAUGGCACGCAUCAGACCGGCUUUGAGAAAUGUUCACUUUGCAGAUGUUAGAGAUCAACAGGUUUAUUAUGCCAUUAAUCCCUAUGAAUUUUGGAACCACAUGAGGUACUUUCGUCAACACAAUAUCAAAAUGGUGACGGAGGGAGGCUAUUGCGUUCAAUGA